AUGUUUUAUAAUUUCAGUGGUGCGACACAUUCAAACUUGGUGAUAUGUGACCAGACGGGUAAGGUGGUCGGCAGGUCUAAAGGGCCCGGGACGAACCACUGGUCGUUAGGUAUAGAGGAAUGUGCGCGGAGAGUGAUAGAGAUGCUGCAUGCUGCGAAGAUAGACGCGGGGAUGGCGUUAGAUGAACCGUUGGACUCAUUUGGUCUGACUUUAUCUGGCUGCGAGCAAGAGAGUAGCAACACGGUGCUGGCGGCACGAUUAAAGGAGAAAGAUAAAUCUUGCUCCAGAGAAGUGUUCGUUGCUUCUGAUACAGCCGGGUCUUUAUUUACGGGAGCACCUAGUGGCGGAAUGGUCCUUAUAGCUGGUACUGGAUCGAAUGGAUUAUUACGAACACCUGAAGGACAGCAGUACGGCUGCGGUGGCUGGGGACACUUCCUCGGAGACGAGGGCAGCGCGUACUGGAUAGCCCAUAGAGCUGUAAAAACAGUUUUUGACCAUGAAGAUGGUCUCCGUCCUUCCUUCCACUCCACGGAGCGCGUGUGGGAGGCUGCCAAGGAACACUUCAAUGUGACUUCACAAGCUGAACUCCUACCACACGUGUAUAAACACUUCGAUAAAGCACAAUUCGCUGGAUUGACAUCAAAGCUGUCCCAAUUAGCUUAUGAAGGGGAUGAGCUAGCGCAGCACGUGUUCGCUGAUGCUGGUUCAGCGCUAGCAGCACACGCUGCAGCACUCGCAGAUAAAGCACAGAGGAGGAACGGGAGGGAAAAGGGACAGGGGGAGGGAAUGGAGGAAAACGGAGGAGAACUGAAAACAAUAAGAGUUGUAUGUGUCGGCUCGGUCUGGAAGAGUUGGUCGCUGUUGAAACCUGGGACGCUGAAACAACUCAAUAAGAGACGUAUAACAACAAAUCUUGAAUUUGUUCGUUUGCGUGUAUCGAGCGCUAUUGGAGCUGCCUGGCUCGCUGCUAAGAACGUUGACUUUGAUCUGCCGAGAGACGACAAGACGUACUGCGAGGUGUUCUAUACCUACACACCAAAUAUUAACAAACUAAGUAAAGUGAAUGGUCACAAUGGAAAAGAGAAUGGCGUCGUUGGCUGCGGAUGUAGCGAUUGGUCAUAUUGGAGCUAA